AGCCCCUUGUUGCUGACAGAGUUGCUUCUCGGGAAAAGAAAUGAGAAAAUCGUGGUGAAAAGAGGCUGCCGAGUGCAUCCACCCCACAGAGCCCAGGGAACGUCAGCCCCGGGCCCUGAGACUUCUCUGCAAAGAUGGGGAAAGAAAUCCAAAAGCCAAAUUCUUCAAUCCAGGAAGAAACACUGAACACUUACAGCCAUCCAGAGAAACAGUGCAAAUGGAGGUCCUACAGAACCAAGUUAGACCGGAGAACAUCCCUCAAGGUGUGUGUUCUCACUCAGAGUGUGCUCCUGGGGAUCCUCAGCUUGAGCCUGCUUGUGGCAGUGACUGUUCUCGGUGUGAGACCCCCUUUCUCUGAGCCGGAAUUCUCCCACGUGUGCCCAGACAACUGGCCUGGUUUCCAAGGAAAAUGUUAUUAUUUUUCUGAGCCUGAGGGCAACUGGACCACAGGCCGGGAAAGGUGUGAGGCCCUGGGAGCUUCACUGGCCACCAUAAGCACAAGGGCUGAACUGGUGAGGACUGGGAUGAACUGUCGGACUCCCGAGAGCCAAGUCGGGUUCUCGCAGCCGUGGUCGGACGUAGGAGUUUCGGUCGGUCUUGCUGUGCAGCACAAGAAGGCGAAAGGGCUGGACGAAAAAGAGCUCAACUUGCCGCUGCCGGACGCCUCCCUUUCGGGGAUUUCGGAUGGCGAAAGAGUUAAGUUCCGUGCUUCCAGGGCCCGGCGCCCGGGACGACUCCUGAAGAAGGAGGCCCGCCGACAAAGCCGCAAAGUCUCGUGGAAAGGGCUGCACAAAGCGUGGUUUGAGGUGAGGGGUGGAGGACCCUGUGGGUACCUGAACUAUGGGUGGAUCAGCUCGUCCCUGUGCCACACGGAGAAGAACUGGAUCUGCAGCCGCCCCAAUGACUAUGUCCUGUGGAAGGGGAAAUUAAGAGACCCCAAAACAGGAGUUUCACCCUAGAUCUCCAGCCAGAUGAGGGAGCUUCACCCCAGCACUGCAACUGGAACUGCUGGGGGAACAUCUCAGUUGUCUGGCCGGGAAAUUUUCACUGAAUAUCUCAAAAAUAUCUUGUAUCAGAAAGCACCUCACAAGGAUCAUGGAGUCCAACCCUCAGCCCUGCCCAGGCCCAUCCCCAGGAGUCACCCCCUG